UUUUCUUAAGGCCUAUACCGAGAGAUGAGAUUGCCCAUAUGCCCAAUUUGCAGGCUUUUCCUGAUGCAUGUAUAUUUCACUCUGCACAUAUAUAUUAGAUAAGAUUUUUUCCAGUUUAACUGACUUUGGAUUUAUAUCUGACUCAUUCAAUUCUCUUUCGGUGAAACCAUACUUUGCUUGGCAUUAAAAAGAAAACGGGGUUAUGUUAAAGAUCUUAAAUUUGAUGGAUUCCCCACCAUUUUCAAGGCUUUGAUUAAAGAGACUAUACAGAAACAGACCGAGUAUUCAAGAGCAGGGAUAUUAGGUGGUUUAACGUUCGAGGGCCGGCAACACUUUUUUUCCGCCUUUUACGGAGAAAGACACAGAGGAAGUGAAUUAAAAGGUCAAACUCCAGCUUUUCUUUUUCUGCUAUUUAACUCCAUCCAUCACCCAUCUCGCCUUCCUCUUCUCUCUUUCCAGUUGCUUUUGCUUAGCUUUUCUUUACCAAACUCGAAAUUUUUCUUUCUUUCUCUCUCUUUCUAGUCAGUACAAGGGCAAUCAUAUUGAACCCACAAUUGAUAAAUUCAUUCAUUCCAACUACACGUCAAGCACCUUUUCUUUCUGGCUCUGGCUCUGGCUCUUAUUCAUUAAGCAAUAUUUAACAAUCCAAUAUUUCAUUUCUGGGUGUUUAACCCUUUCAAACCACUGUCCUUUAUUAGUAAGUUUAUUGUUGUAACUGUUCUUCAUGGAAAAUGAGUUCUUUCUAAAUGCAGGAAUUCCUGCACCUGCAAUGCACUUUGAACCAACACGCACAUCAACAAUGGCCACUUGGCAUUCAGUCUCUUCAGCCAGGGAAAUUCAAGCAACAGACCUUAAUUGCUCCUCUGAGCAGUCUUCUGAUUGCUUUUUCAAUCCCAACUGGGAAAAGUCAACGGAUCAUAGUCUCCACUUUGAGUCUGCUCUGAGUUCUAUGGUGUCUUCACCGGUGGCUUCCAAUUCAAACAUGUCUAAUGAGAGCUUUAUGAUCAGAGAAUUGAUAGGAAAGCUGGGCAACAUUGGAAAUUCUGGUGAGAUCUCACCACAUUCUUUACAUUCUUAUGUUAAUAAUAGGAAUAAAAGCACAAACACUUCUUGUUAUACUACUCCUUUGAAUUCUCCUUCUAAGUUAAAUUUGCCGAUAAUCGAUCAUUUGGUUAAAGACAAGUUAUCCACUUUGGGAAACUCCAUGGCUUUGAAUUCCACUGUGGCAGAAUUCUCUGCUGAUCCUGGUUUUGCUGAGAGGGCUGCAAGGUUUUCACUCUUUGGCAGCAGGAGUCUCAACGGCAGAACCAAUCAAUUUGGACCCAGCAAUCCAGAGAUUGGUUUUAGAUCUAGUCAAUUGAUAGCAAAUGAGAAGCUGAAGCGGGUUUCAAGUAAUCAUUCUCUCAAGGCCCUUGGACAUCAAGUUAACAGUAUUCAGGGAAACAAAAAUAAUCCUUUGCAGGAUAGAUCUGAAUUGGCCAAUUCUCAAGAGGAAUCUUCAGUUUCUGAACAAGUGCCGAAUGGUGAGGUUGGCGUAAAGUCUUCAGGUGACUUCAAUUCCAAGAAAAGAAAAGCUGUUUCUAGGGUAAAAGGAAAGGAACCCACACCAUCUCCAUCAUCAAAUACUGUUGUUACAAAGGUAAUUGAGGCUAAUGACAGUGCCAAUUCCAAGAGAAACAAACCGACUGAAGGGAAUGGAAAUGAGAACAUCAGUGUUAAAGCAGACGACGAAACAAAAGGAGAUGCCAAAAAUUCAGGGGAUGAGAAACAAAACAAGGCUAAUACAAAGCCCUCGGAGCCUCCUAAGGACUACAUUCAUGUUAGAGCAAGAAGGGGCCAGGCCACUGACAGUCAUAGUCUAGCAGAACGAGUUCGAAGAGAGAAGAUUAGCGAACGAAUGAAACUUCUCCAAGAUCUUGUACCAGGCUGCAAUAAGGUAACCGGGAAAGCACUGAUGCUUGAUGAAAUUAUUAACUAUGUGCAGUCAUUGCAGCGUCAGGUUGAGUUUCUAUCCAUGAAGUUGGCUUCUGUCAACACCAGGCUGGAUUUUAAUGUGGAUGCUUUGAUGUCAAAGGAUAUAUAUCAACCACACAAACCUCUGCCACAUCCAAUAUUCCCAUUAGAUUCCUCGGCUCCUCGCUUUUUAGGGCACCAGCCCCAGCAAAAUCCAGCACUACAGUGCCAUAUAUCCACUGACACAAUGACCCAAUGCCCGGUGGACUCAUUGGAUACUACUGCGAUAUGCCAAAACCUUAAUAUGGAAGUACCCCAGCUUGACUAUUUUACUGAAGCUGUCCCUCAGUGUCCGAGUUUCUGUGAGGAUGAUCUGCAAAGCAUUGUUCAGAUGGGUUGCUUUCAAGGCUCAAAUCAAGUACCCGAGAUGAAAAUUGAGCUUUGAUCACCGUUCAUUCUUUGGUCCUAAAUUCAAGGUCCAGAGGAACACAAAGGGUGCUGUAAAUACAAGGAUUGUUUUUGGACCCGCACAAGAGCUGAGGAAUCAUUAUCUAUAGGUCUUAAUGAAGAGGAUUAUUUUUUCUUCUAUUUUCCUUUACUUUUAGUUUCCCUCGAUGAUUUUGGUAAAUUAAUUUUUGUGGAAUUUUCUUAGAACCAUCCACUGUAAAAUUCCAGAGCCACUUCUGUAUUUUAUGCAAAGUCUUAUAACAGCAGCUCUCUACUACAUGUAAGAUAUAAUUAAUCAUAAUUAGAUUGAAAGCACUUUCACUA